AUGCCGCCCUCUAGAAGAGGAGAGCGCACGGCUGCCCCAAUGACUGCUCCCGCCGAACCAGCCCCUGUUGACUUCUCCAUCAUCGAGUCCCACAAAGAAAACAUUCAAGCCCUCCCAUCCGGCCGCUCCGCCCGCAAGCUCGCCGACCUGUUCACCCGCUCUCCCCUCGCACAACAGGCCACCCCGACGUCGCUAGCCAACCGCCCUGAGAUUGAGCGCGCUCGGGCAGAGUUCGAGGAAGAGAUUAAGAAUUUGGGGGAGAGCGAUGAUCCACUGGAUGUAUAUGAUCGGUAUGUGAAGUGGACGUUAGAUACGUUCCCCAGUGCACAAAAUACGAAAGAGUCGGGAUUGGGGGAAUUACUGGAAAGAGCGACGAGGGAGUUCGUCCGAUGGGGGGAGUACAAGAACGACGUGCGGUAUUUGAGACUCUGGGUAUAUUAUAUCCAAUGGUUUUGUGAUGCGCCUAGGGAAGCCUUCGUCUACCUUGCGCGGAACGGGAUUGGAGAGGGGUUGGCCAUGUACUAUGAAGAGUAUGCCGGGUGGUUGGAGAGCGUGGGGCGGUGGGCGCAGGCUGAGGAGGUGUGGAAGUUGGGAAUUGAGAGAGAAGCGAGGCCCGUGGGGAGGCUGGUGAGGAAAUUUGGAGAAUUUGAACGAAGGUGGGAGAGGGUUAGACAGGAAGAGGGGGAGGAAGGGGGGCCGAGAAGUCCGGCGAUUCCACCAGUUAGGAGGGCGUUAGCGGAGAGGGUUGAUCCCUUUAGUUUAGAUGCUGCGCCUAGGGAUCCGCAGGCCCAGAGGCAGGAUGCUCGGGGGGUUGGAGGGGCGGCCAGCAAGCCGAAGAGCAAGCUGCAGAUCUUUUCUGAUGCUGAUUCCAAGCAGCAGCAGCCGGCCAUACCUGCUAAGAGCGGCUCAGGAUCGUCGGCAUCGUCUAAGGGAUGGGACAGCAUCGACACGAUGGCGAACCGCAAGAAGGAGAACGUGAUGGAGCCGAAGCCCUGGGCAGGCGAGACGCUGAAGCAAGCCAGCGGCACGAAGAAACCUGCUGGCCCGAAGCUGCAGGUCUUCCGGGAUCCGCUGCAGGUUACGGUGAACCCGGCUACGGGGAAGAAGGAGCGGGUAUUUGUCGAUUUGCGGGCCGUGUACCCCACGCCGGAUGAGCCCGGGACGGAGUUGAGUUUUGAGGAGGUUUGGGCGAGGAAUAGGGGAUGGUUGGAUGUUGAGUGGGAGAGUGAAGAGGAAGAAGAGGCGGUGUCCAUGAUGAUGGACGAGACUGCUAUUACCGAGAUGGGAGAGAGGACCCCUGUGGCCGGGAGUAGGAUGGUCCGUUUGGAUGAGAACGGGAAUCCAAUCCUGACCAGGGAGGUGAGGAACAGGAAGAAGAAGGUUAUUGAGAAGAUGGCUAACACCCCCACAGUCAAAGUCAACCUCGAUUCUCCCACCGGCCCGCGGACUCUCAAGAAAAAGAAAAAGCGCCGCUCGACCAUCGAGCCGUCCGUCAUGUCUGUGUCCAGCUACGAGAUGCCCACCACCAUGACCAUCCACACCAAGGAGGCCCAGGACGACAUCUACGACAUCUUCAACGCGCCCGAGGCUCACCGCGCGACCGGCGAGAUCAGCCAGUUCGACCGGCAGUUCGAGUCGGAUGACUAUACGUGUGGUGAGACGACUUACAUGACGAACAAGUCCUCCGUGCGUGGGGACAUUACCCGCGUUGAAGAGGAGGAUGAAGACGGGGAAGAGGAGAAUGAUGGAGCGAGCGAAUGGUCAGAGUUCUCCCGCAAGGACGUGCAUGGUUUAGAUGGGCCCUCGACGGCAGAUACGACGGGGAAUUCGGAUCUUAUCGACAUGCGGGAGGACUGUCCCCCUCAACAAUCUCGUCCUAGGAGCAGCUUCAUCCCCGUCCCCCCCGAAGACUAUGUCCCUCCUCCCCGCAGGCCGUAUCGUGACCCCACAGAGCUAGCGAGCCGUCGUCUGCCGUUCAUGACCCCUAUCACGGAGAGGACGGAGACGAGUCUGACUUGUUUGACCGCUGCUAGGAGCGUGUUGGGAAAGACGCCUUGUCGGGAUAGAAAGGGGGCGAGUCCGUUGAUGGAGGAGGAGGAGGAGGAGGAAGAGGAGGAUGCGGAAAACCAAGGACCGGAAAGUCCGAGUAGAGGGGACGGGUUCGGGAGUGGGAGGAAGAUGAGACUACCGAUGAUGCAGAAGAGCGUGCCAGUAUUCAGGGAGGAAGAGCGGAGUCAGGGUCAGGCAGGACAGAGGAGACCUUUUGCCCCAAAGCCGGCUCAGCCCCUGGCCCCGAAAACCCCCCUUGCGCCGAAGGGACCGGUGAUCAAAGAGCAGCAGGUUAACCCCAUGGACGAGGGGAUCAGGCUUCAGAUCCUCAAGCAGCUCUCCCCGUCUCUGACCUCCUACGGAGGUUUCUUCGACAACACCAAUCAAACCCAUGGCCGGGCGGCCGAAAUCAGGAAGUACAUCAAGACUAUCAGCAAAAACCGCAGCAGCACCGACAAAGCGGCCUCCAGCCUCAACGGCACGGGCAUAGUCCUCUCCUUCCCUGGCGCGAAGGGUCGGUAUACAAUUCGAAGGGAGCUGGGAGCGGGCGCGUUUGCGCCGGUUUAUUUGGUGGACAACUCCGCCCCUGACGAGGAUGAGGAUGAGCAGAGCGAGACGCAUGAUGAGAAUGCCGUCAUCCGGAGGGGGAGCCCGUAUUUGCGACGUCGCGCCCGCGAGGCAAUCAAAAUGGAAGACCCACCGUCUACUUCGGCGUGGGAGUUUUACAUGAUGCGGCUGGCGCACUCCCGACUCGGCCCGCAGCAUCGGGCUACGGCGUCGCUGUCACCAGCCCUAGAGCUGCAUUUGUAUCGGGAUGAAGGCUUCCUCGUCAUGCCGUACUACCCGCACGGCACGCUCCUCGACGUAGUCAACUUCUUCCGCUCCGCCGAAUCCUCCGGCGUGAUGGACGAAGUCCUGGCGAUGUUCUUCGCGAUCGAAGUCCUGCGCACCGUCGAAGCGUUACACACCAAGGGAAUCUUACACGGCGAUCUGAAACCGGAUAAUUGUCUCUUGCGUCUACCCGACGAGAGCGACGUCCAGAACCAGCAUCUCGUCGCGCAGUGGACUCCUUCUGGAGCCGGGGGCUGGGCGGCGAGGGGCAUUGUGCUGAUCGAUUUCGGCCGGGCAAUCGACAUGAAAAUGUUCCGUGACGAUGUUGCCUUCAUCGCAGACUGGAAAACAACACCUCAAGACUGUGCCGAGAUGCGCGAGGGCCGCUCCUGGACGUGGCAGAUUGAUUACCACGGCAUCGCCGGGAUACUCUACUGCCUGCUUUUCGGAAAGUAUAUCGAAACUGUCCGCGUCCCGGGAGGUAAUGGGAGGAGGUAUAGAAUAAGGGAAUCGCUGAAGCGUUACUGGCAGCAGGAGAUUUGGAGUGAGGCGUUUGAUUUGUUGUUGAACCCUGGGGAGGCAUGCUAUGGUAAUAAUGGUUAUGAGUUCGUCACUGUCAGGAACUUGAUGGAUGGAUAUGAUAAUGGGUACCAUACCUAG